AUGGCAGGUCUGUCACGUUUUGCUCUAAAGCAGAACAAACGACUUCGGAGACUCUGUCACAGCCACAUCCAGAUACACAACGUCGUGUCAGACAGUGAAUCCGAGACAAAGAACUGGAGAAACAUUUCAGAUAGAUCGCAGACUCAGGGAAUGGAUGAUUUGCCUACUGAAGAGUUUAAAGUCGUUUCACACUUCAACAUCUUUUUUUCAAUUUUUGCUUUAUUUUUGAAAAAUGUUACAGAUCAUGAAUCGGAGUCAGAGGAUGUCUUUGACAGUCUGUAUGGCAGUGAUUGUGAUGACUGUUCGGAAAGGUCCUCUCAGGUCAACAUCAACCGGUCAAAUUCAACCUCACCGGUCCCGUCAGGAGACACAAGUAAUCUUUUCAAAAAGUCCACAGUACUGCCUCUUUCCUUUUUAGCAGCCAAAGUAACUGGUGGACAUUAUCCUUGUCAAUUUCUAGAAGAUCAUAACCCUCCUUUGGAUGAAGAUAUGAUUAAGAAGGUAGCCUAUUGGGCAUUUCCCCAAAGUGAAAGCAGUGUGAAGAUCUAUGUUAAGCUGGCACAUUACAAAGAGGAUGAUUGGAGGGAUGGGGAGACACUAAUCGAGGAAAAGCGUAUCAUAGAAAUUGCACAAGUUGGGUUUAUGAUAUCAGCCAUAUUAUCGAAGCCUGUGUUUUUAACAUCUGAGGCAAGUGACUCUACUACUAUUACCACCAAAUCCAAGAUGGAAGAUGCCAAAGUUACAGUUUCAUUUGAGAAGCAAAAAGUGACUGCGUCAACUUGUAGCCUCUGCCCAAAGGUGAUCUGGUGUCGACAUAUUGUUGCUGUGGUAAUCUACAGAAUACGUAAUUCUGACAAGUUCCUGUUCAAUGUACAUGCACCUGUCACAGAAGUGUUGUCCACCCUUAGCAGAGACCAGAUGCAAAAGUUACUUCAUUAUGCCAUCAGUGAAGACCCUGGUGGAAUUAUCUGUCGUGUCUUCAAACACAUGGAUACUAUAAGAGACUCUAGAUCAGAGAUUAAUCAAAUGCAGGGUGCACCUGAUCCAACAUUUGGUAUCUGUCCUGACCAGAAACCAGCCGUUGAUCUGACACUGACCCAACUCGACCAGGACUUCAGGGAUGAUAUACAGAGGGUCAGCAGUAUCCGAUACCCUGACACAUGUAACUUUGACGAGAAAGCCAAGACACAGAUCUACCGCUGUUACUUCCAAAAGGUAGCAGAACUAAUUGGCAGUGCAGAAAUCGACUCUGCAGGGAGAGUGCUCAUCAACAUGGCCAACAGCACACUUAAUGAAAUCAACACCCAGAGACAAUCAAUGUGUAUCAAUCGUCUGUUUCAUGACAUUGAGAGGCUCUUUACCUGUUUUGUUGCCAGUUUCAAAGGGCAGAUCUGUGAAGAUCUUGUCCAAGCUGCAAUUGAUAUCAACAGUAUCAUCCACAGCAUGGACAAUUCUGAUGAGUUUGUAAUAGCUUCAGAAUGGUCAGACUUUGGUUCAAUCCCACUGGAGAAUUACAUAACAGGUACUUGCAUGAGUUACCAUGACAACAGUUCAGAGGGUAUUCUGGGAGCUUCUCGACGGGCACCUUUCUACCAGCCUGUGUGUGCAAGUCUGAUCCCUGAACCUCCCGAUUCUCUGGAGGAUCUACUGUGUGGGAGACAAAAACCACUUACCACAUCAUACGAGGAACAUCUUCCUGUUAUGUUAUUGCGGUUUGAGGCCUUGAUGCACUUUGGAACAAAAAAAAUGGACAAAAAGCUGUACAAUUUAGGAGUGGUCAUAUUGAGGAAGUUGUUGAACUUGUCUAGACAGUUUUCCGUCAUUGGUUGUAACAAAGUGCAGGAGAUUUCCAGUGAAGUCUCAUCCUCAGAAACUGAUGAAUCAGAGAAUGAAUCGGUUUUCUAUGCAAAAAAGCGGAUACGUAAACAGAAAAAUAGACCAAAGAAGAAACUGUGUUCUGUACCUCGUUUAGAAACUAUGGAGAUUGAUAUGGAAGGCAUGACAAAGGCUCAGAUAUCCUAUGGUCUUCUGUUUGUCUGCUACACACUGUACCAAUUGGAAGACCUACUCAGUCUCGGACUUGAUGGAUUUCCAGUAAUUCUGGAUGCUACUUUCCGUGCUAUGGAGCUUGGCAGAUUCAGAGCAAUAGCACAAGAGGACACUAUAUCAGUCAAAGAUUACAGCUGGCUGGUAUUCCUUGACAAGAAGAUACAAGAGUCAUACUUUAAGCUUUCAGACUGUGAUUGUACCAUACAGACCUACCAGGAGCAGGCUGUUCAGAAGUACACUUCAGCACUCCAAGAGCACCAGGCUAGUUUCUAUGGUGAUCAUUACGCCGUAGGAUUGCUCAGCUUCUUAAUACAGGAUUCCCUAUUAAGUGAUAAGACUGCACAGAUGUUAUCAUUAGAGGGGGCUUGUCUCAGCACGUGUCCAUUGAAGAAGCUUACUAUACCAGAAAAUCCUUUUGACACAACGAACGAUGAUGAUAUGAAGAGUAGAUGGACUUUGAUCAUCAAGAGUAUAUUCUCUGGUUUUGUUGACAACAAAGAAAACAACAAUACUGUUGUGUCAAAGUUCCUGGCCUUCAUAGAAAGUAUUGAUGAUGUGGAGUACGCCUGUCUAAUCUACGAUGUACUGAAGGACUACCAGAAAGAGUUGACAUUGCUUGAGCAAAAAAUCUCCUGUAUCAAAUUUCUACUGCGAUUGGUCAAGCUUUGUAACAAGUCAGAGGCAGGACAGAAGGCUAUGCUUUGUACCUCAUUUGUGGAAGUAGGCCUACCCAUUCAUCUGGAAUUUCUUAGCCUGAUUCUUCCUGACUGGCAGGAGUUAUGUCUCUUCUUUCACACAGAGCAUCUCAAGAAGAUCAUACAGGUUAUGAAGGAUGUUGACAAUAUUCCAAAGGAGAUUAUUGACAUGUUGCUGAAGUACUUUGAGGCUCCCUAUAAACAUGAUGAGGAGUGCAGUGAAUUCCUCAGAUUUGUCCAUGACCGUGCUCUAAGGCAAGAUGCACUACAAAAGGUCAUCUAUAACUACAAGAACUACACACCAACAGCACUACUACUUUUGGCAAAAAUCGAACAUAAUGAAUCGGAAUCUUCCAUUUUACCAUAUGGAGAUAUAUUUUCUGAAAAUGUGUUCCUUUUGAUACAGCAGGCAUUUAGAAGGCUGAGAGAAAUAAGCAAUGAAUCCAAUGAAGAGGUGGAGACAUUCUCUGUAGAUCUUCGUGUUCAUCUACUGUGGUUUUUUGAGAAAAUCUCAGAUUGUGGCAAGUUUGGUACUAACUAUGGUAAUGAUAUUGUGAAAGGCUCACAAUUUUCAACAAUCAUGGAUGAUCUAGCCAAAACUAUCAGAAAUGACUCCCAGUUGCUUGUUUCAUUCUUCAGUGAAAUGAAAAAGUCAAGACCCCUGUUUGACCGUGCAAAACAAGUUUUAGGAGAGCAUCUGAUUGGUAACUAUCAGAGGCGAUUUCAAAAGCGUCUUCGUACCUGUGGCAGAUGCUCAUAUGAAUAUGUGCUGCAAGAGAUGAAAGAAGCACGGAACCACUGUGUGCAAUAUGUUGACAAUGGAAGUGCUCUGUUUAAAAGGAAUGUGACUGACUCUAUCAGACGCCUACAUCGUGGCAAAAAGAAAUUUUUACAGUUGAUGGACUCAAAAUUCCCUGAACUACACCAGGAUUUCUAG